UUUCUUUUCAAAAGUACGCAUGUGCAGAGCCGCUGUCCUCUUAGAAUAACCAGACUUACGUCAAAGACUAUCGCACGAAGAUUUGUCUAAGAAUCGAUUGCCAUUAUUGAACAUACGGAUGCUGUAAAACUACCUAAAUUGUUGUUUUAGGAUGACCAAGAAAUAAUGUAGAAAUUAAGCUGUAAAUUGGAAAAUUAAAAAGUGAAAAUGGCGAAAACGUCUCACCAUAUUAAUGAAAAGCAUCAAGACAUACACGCUAUAAAUGCAUAUGGAAUUACAGCAAUAUGCCUUGGAGUGAUCGGAUGCCUUUUAUUUCUUUCUGUGGUCACUUACAAGUGUUAUCGAAGACGUCGAUGUCGUCUAGCACAAAGCCGCCUUUCAACUGCCAUUAAGAAGGGUCUUAAAGAGAAUUCCGGUGUUAAAAAAAAUAUCCCGCCACUUGGAACGCCAAUUAAACACAAAGCAACAAGUCCAUUAGGCCAUACUAGACAGGAUAUAUCUCCGGGGGAUAGAAAAUUAUCACCAACCUAUUCUACUCAUUCUGAAAAAGAACCAGGAAGUAAGCAAAGAUCGCCUGACCAAGCUUAUAUUGAAAAUGAGAAAGAUAACAAGCCAGAAAUGAUCCACGAAAAAGAAGAGAGUAUGCGUGAGAAACAGCCAGACGAAAAACAGAGAUCUUUAGGAAACAUGGCGUUUUCCAUUGCAUACGAUUUACAAAAGAUGGCGCUGUUGGUGACUGUAGUUAACGUCAAGGACUUGCCAACACGUGACCCUAGUCUAGGUGGAUGUGACCCUUACAUUAAACUACAGCUUUUACCUGAAAAGCGACACAAAUGUAAGACUAGAGUCUUGAGGAAGACACUGAACCCCCAAUAUGACGAGACAUUUACAUUUUACGGAAUCAAUCCCAAUCAGAUUGCUGAUAUCACCCUUCAUUUUGUAGUGCUGAGUUUUGACAGAUUCUCGCGAGAUGAUAUUAUUGGUGAAGUUAUACAUCCAUUGCACGAGUUUGAUAUCUCUAAGAAUGAGAUGAAUCUCUGCAAAGAAAUUUGUCCACGUCACCUAACUCUGAAAACUCAGGGGAGAGGAGAAAUACUGGUAUCGUUAUGUUAUCAGCCAGCGGCUAAUAGACUCACAGUAGUAGUUCUGAAAGCAAGAAAUUUACCAAAAAUGGACAUUACAGGAUUGUCAGAUCCUUAUAUAAAAGUAUACUUACUUUACAAUAACCAAAGAAUUGCUAAAAAGAAAACACACGUCAAGAAGAGAACACUGAACCCUGUUUAUAAUGAAUCGUUUUUGUUUGACGUCCCUUACAAUGAAGGAUUGGCAAAUAUUAGUCUAGAGUUCCUUGUCUUAGACUGGGAUAGGAUGACCAAAAAUGAAGUCGUUGGACGUCUGGAGAUAGGUUCUAAAGCCAGUCAACAAGAAAUUCAUCAUUGGAAUGAAGUUAUGAACUGUCCAAGAAAACAGAUUGCUGAAUGGCACAAGUUAACGGGUUGAUUGUCUGUAAUUGAUUGACAAAAUGUGUUAUUGUGUUUGGAAAAUGUUUAUAAGUGUUGUUAAGGAUAAAUACAAAGAUAUAUUUUACUAAGAAAGACACAGUUAAAUCUAUAUUUGUAAUAUAAUGCAAAAUAUACAAUGUACAUUUCAGAUGUGACACAUGAUACAUUUAAAGCGACGUUCGAAAACAACAUUUGGUUUUAAAAUGAAACAUGUAUUUAAAAAUAUCAUUACGGUUCACAUAAAAUGACAACCAGAUUUGAAAACGUCAUGUAUUUGAAAUGAACAAAACUAUUUAGCACUAUAUUACAACAUGGUUAUUGCAUUGAUUUAUAGAUAAUUUCAAAGAUACUUGUCUGUCAUAGAAUGAAUUGUAAAAUAAUAAUAUAAAUGUAUUCUGAUGUUUUU